CCCGAUGGGCACGCCUAGUUCCUUCGCGCCAACGCCUCCGCCAUCGGCCCCUCAUUGGCAACCCCGAUGCCGCAUCGAUGUGCCGCCGUCCUUCUCUGUGGGGACGGACUACGUCGACCUCCCAAGUACCGGGAGCGCCGCACCCGCGUCACCAACAUCCCCAACUUCCUCACCGACGACGUUGCCGGCCUCGCUAUCUUUGUGCCAAGGGAGACCGCGCAGGCUGACUGCUACAUGCACGCCGGCUUGUGGAAGGCAAGAGGAACUACACAGUCACCACGCUGUGUUGCAACAGGUCAAAGGAAGAAGUCUAACCUGAAGAAGUGCAGGGAAGAAUUACAACUGCAUGUGGUCGGCUGGUUCAGGGGACGUUCAGGGUGGGCGCGGCGGCUCAUAUGCCGGGGCAGGCUCUUGGGCACUAGCGAUCUCGCAGACGGAUAUUAGAAAAAAAGGUGAGUUUUUUUGCUGGUAAAAAAAGCAGGUGAGGUUGUAUCUUGUCAGUUGGGUUUCCAUUGGCUGUGGAAAUCAUACCUGGCGAUCUGAUGUGGCUGCCUGCAGCUUCAAAACUCGAGCAGAUUGCUGCAUAGUAGUCUUGUUCUAGCCUGGCCGAUCGGUGAAUAUUUGAUUGUAGGUGAAGGAGGGGCGGCCGCCCACUCGACGGUGCUGAUAAGGGCGGCGAGGGAGCCCGGAAGGUAGGCGUCGAUGCAGUGCAGGUCGACGACGAUCCGAUGCAGGGAUCAAGGUCGCCGUGUAGGGAGGCGUCGAUGCAGUGCAGGGUUGGCGAUGAAAGGCAGGGAGAGGGCGAGGACGCGAUUAGGUUGAGUUUUCUUUUUCGCGUGGUGGUUAGAUGGUUAGAUUAGUGUGAUUUGAGGGGCUAUGGAGGCUGGUCAGGGAGUUUCGUAUUUUCAUCUGAUGGAGUACGGUUAGUCUAUGUAAACUGCUAAGCGCACACAAGAUCUCGAAUAAAUUAAUGAUGGUUGUUAGA